CUCUUAGUCUCACUCUCAUCUUGGAUGCAUAAAAGAGGACACACUGUGACUCUAACACACACACACACACACACACGCACACGCACACACACUGACUUGAGGAUCUUGCUACUCUUCGUUGUGGAACAGUUUAAAAUGACCAAGUGUUGUACGGAGGAGUGCGUGCUAGAGGAGGGCGGCGUGCGGGAGCCACGUGAGGAAGUGGAGGGGGAAGAGGAGGAUGACCGUCAACGGCUCGAGGAGGGAGACGAGGAGGAGGGAGAAGAGGAGGAGGAUGAAGGGGAGGAAGAUGGAGACAACAAACCCAAAAGGCGAGGGCCGAAGGAGAAGAAAAUGACCAAAGCCCGCAUGCAGAGAUUCAAGAUGCGUCGGAUGAAGGCCAACGCCCGGGAGAGGAACCGGAUGCAUGGGCUGAAUGACGCUCUGGAGGGGCUGCGGCGCGUGGUGCCGUGCUAUUCCAAGACACAGAAGUUGUCCAAGAUCGAGACCCUGCGCCUGGCCAAGAACUACAUCUGGGCCCUGAGCGAGGUCCUGCACUCGGGCAAGGCCCCCGACCUGCUCUCCUUCGUCCAGGCCCUCUGUAAAGGGUUGUCUCAGCCUACCACCAACCUGGUGGCCGGGUGUCUCCAGCUCAACCCCAGGACCUUCCUCCCAGAGCAGAGCAGUGACCCUCACCUCCAGGGGGGGGGUUCCUACUCCUUCCAGGGUCCCGGUCUGACCCCGGGUCUGCCCAGCCCCCCCUAUGGUCAUCUGGACUUCUCCCACGGGGCCAAGCCCCUGAGCUACGUAUACGACGGCCCCCUCCUCACAGACUGCUCCAGCCCCGCCUUCGACGGCGCCCCCCUCAGCCCGCCCCUCAGCGUCAACGGGAACUUCUCCUCCUUCAAACAGGAAGUGGCGGCAGGGGACUUCCCCUUCGGUCUGCAACACUACGGCCCCCUGUUGUACGCACCUACCCACCCCCUCGAUGGACUGAUGGGGUUCGACGGCCACGCCCCCCACGAGAGAAACCACGCCCCCCGUGAGAGAAGCCACGCCCCCCACGAGAGAUGCAUGACUACACUGAAUGCCAUCUUUCACGAGUCAUGAGAACCAUAUCGAGACGAGGGGGGGGGGAGUUAGACAAUUUAGACCUAUAAACAUAGUUAGUCCAGUUAGACCUGAGUCCUAUAGAGAUAAGGUUAAUCCACUUAGAUCAGAGUGCUAUGUUAAAUAUAGUUAGUCCAGUUAGACCAGAGUUCUAUAAAAGUUCUAAAAAUAAUUUCCCUCUGGGAUUAUUAAAGUAUUUAUCUAUCUAUCUAUCUAUCUAUAGAGACAUAGUUAGACUAGAGUCCUAUAGUGACAUAGUUAGACCAGAGUCCUACAGAGACAGAGUUAGGCCAGCGUCCUAUAGAGACAGAGUUAGAUCAGAGUCCUAUAGAGACAGAGUUAGACCAGAGUCCUAUAAAGACAGUUAGACCUGAGUCCUAUAGAGAUAAGGUUAAUCCACUUAGAUCAGAGUGCUAUGUUAAAUAUAGUUAGUCCAGUUAGACCAGAGUUCUAUAAAAGUUCUAAAAAUAAUUUCCCUCUGGGAUUAUUAAAGUAUUUAUCUAUCUAUCUAUCUAUCUAUAGAGACAUAGUUAGACUAGAGUCCUAUAGUGACAUAGUUAGACCAGAGUCCUACAGAGACAGCGUUAGGCCAGCGUCCUAUAGAGACAGAGUUAGAUCAGAGUCCUAUAGAGACAGAGUUAGACCAGAGUCCUAUAAAGACAGUUAGACCAGAGUCCUAUAGAGACAGAGUUAGACCAGAGUCCUAUAGAGACAGAAGUAGACCAGAGUCCUACAGAGACAAAGUUAGACCAGAGUCCCAAAUACACUGAUUUAGACCAGAGUCCUAUAGAGAGAGUUAGACCAGAGUCCUAUAGAGACAGAGUUAGACCAGAGUCCUAUAGAGACAGAGUUAAACCAGAGUCCUAUAGAGACAGAGUUAGGCCAGCGUCCUAUAGAGACAGAGUUAGACCAGAGUCAGAGUUAGACCAGAGUGCUAUAGAGACAGAGUUAGACUAGAGUCCUAUAGAGACAGUUAGACCAGAGUCCUACAGAGACAAAGUUAGACCAGAGUCCCAAAUAGACAGAUUUAGACCAGAGUCCUAUAGAGACAGAGUUAGACCAGAGUCCUAAAGAGACAGAGUUAGACCAGAGUCCUAUUGAGAGAGUUAGACCAGAGUCCUAUAGAGACAGAGAAGGGCCAGAGUCCCAUAGAGACAGAGUUAGACCAGAGUCAAAGUUAGACCAGAGUCCUAUAGACAGAGUUAGACCAGAGUCCCGUAGGGUCAAAGUUAGACCAGAGUCCUACAGACAGUUAGACCAGAGUCCUAUAGAGAUCGAGUUAGACCAGAGUCCCAUAGAGCGUGAGUUAGACCAGAGUCCUAUAGAGACAGAGUUAGACGAGAUUCAGAGUUAGACCAGAGUCCUAUAGACUGUGUUAGACCAGAGUCCUUUAGUUAGACUGAGUCUAGAUUCUGGAGUAAACUUUACUAAUGUUAGUCCUUUCCUUACCCUUUAUUAUGUCAAAGAAACAACAAUCUUUUAGCAAUAAUCUGGAAUUAUGCAAUUUAAAAGCCUUUGUAAUAAGAUAACCAUGCAAAUAAAGAGGUGUAUAUUAUUCUUUUUUGCCAACACAAUGUCCUAUGUUUUGUAUAUAAGCUAGGUACGAAGGCCUGGGGCUGGGUUUAAUGUAUGUAAUGUAAGUACAACUCAAUAAAACAGGUUAUGUUCAAGAACCCCCUGAUAAGUUUGGCAUCUGUAUAAAUUACAUCUGAAAUUCUGACGUUUUCAUAAAACACAUAAUACAUCCAGGACAUAUAAAGGACAAUUACCAACCACAUUAAAUCAAAACAUGCGAUAUCUUUAUGCCUCUCUGGCCUGGGUCUUUUUGUGCAUUUCUUCGUGUGUGUGUGUGUG